AGUGAGCGCCGAGCCAUUCUUCCCAUCAUCAUAAUCUCCCGUGCACAAGGAGAGGAUGCAUUCGCUCUCCACGGCAAAUUCGGGCAAAAUCCAUGUCUUCAGGGUCCUCUCCACGAGAGUCCUCUUCAGAGUCCUCUCCCAUAUCCUCAUUUCAUUCUGUCUCAUUCCUGAACGGAGGGAAACAGCAGAUCAGUCAAGAAACCAGCAAGAACAUCCGAGAGAGACAGAGAGGGAGAGAAAAAAAGGCCAACCUUGAGACUUUUUGCGCCAAAAUCACUCAAGCGCGAGAGAGUGAAGAAUAUUUGGGGACGUCUUCAGAUAUCAAUAAGAUGAUGAGGACCCCCAACGAUAUUUCGUCACCAUCAUUGUAGCAGGUAGGCCUCACUUCACACACGCAGGGACUCAAAUCCUCCCAUUAAGUGGCAGGGCGAUCAAAAAACGACAAGUGCUUUCUCGCGAUCCACAAAAAACUAGCGGAGAAAAACACACCAGGACCUUCUCGUCUCUCUUCCAAAGUGUGAGGGCAGCCCCAUUGUAUGGGUGCAAAUGCCAGAUUGGCUGCCCAGUCAUACAUACAUGUUCCACACAUGUGCAAUCCUUUCUCUAAGAGUGAUUGACAACUUACCCAGAAGCAGCCUGAACAAUCGGGGCUUGUGGUGCUGGUGGUUGGGAAGAAAUUGUUGCGCAAUGUCAGUGUUGAGCGAAAUCAAUGACUUGCUACAUCCGCUGACCAAGGACAAAGUGGUCAGUGUGAAAGACUGGAAUAGCAAUCACGACAAAGGUGCUGAUCUACAAUCGGAAAGCUCAAAGUCCUCCUCACCUCUAUCUUCGUCCUCGACCUCCUCUUCAUACGUUUCCAGUAAGCUGUUGGAGAAGGGCCGCGUGUGGGUGUCCUUAGGCGUGUAUCAAUUGAUCUACAUUAGUCUGAUCACCUCGUUCUUCUCAGUGUAUCUGGUGAUAGUGAUGCACUUCAUGGAUCCGUUCCAACCACGAAUUCGUCGAGGCGCCCUGGCUCAACCCGGCAUGGGAUUCCGGCCCAGGCCCACCAAUCCUUAUUCCACCCUGAUCCACUUCCAACACGGAACCAACGGCAAUUGGAAGCCAUACAAGAAUAGUCUGAAUGAUUUCACAAAAAAGUACGGUGGCUUCGGAAAAGAAGUGGGCCCGAGUAUCGUUUGCAAUUGGAACACCCAAUUGGACCAAGUCAGCCGCUGUCACGUGCCUUUUCGCAAGUACUGGAACCCCGCUUUUGACUAUUCUUGCGUGAAAGCUGAGGAUUAUGGAUACUCCCGAGGAUUUCCAUGUGUCGCCCUUAAAAUGAAUCAAAUUGUGGGUUGGGAACCAAAUCCCUACUACAAUAUCACGGAGAUCAACGGGAUUCCCGAAAUGCCCAAAUACCUGAAGCAACGAAUUUCCAAAUUAUGGAACAAGAACUGCAAGGGCAAGGGGUUGGAGAUGGAGCAACAUUGUCCUAAUCUCCGGAUGACGUGGGUCUCGUGUCAAGGAACCACUUCCGCGGAUCAAGAGUACAUGGGACCCCUCAACUUUCAUCCAGCUUACGGAAUGCAGGGCUACUACUACCCUUACCACAACCAGGAGCACUUUCUCAGUCCAUUUGUGUGGCUUCAAUUUCGGGGUCUGACGCCGGGGGUAAUCGUGUCCGUGGAAUGCAAGCUCUGGGCCAAGAACAUCAAGCACGAUCCCCUGAACCCGAGGAUCGGAGGGGUCCGAUUCGAAAUCCUCAUGGACUAACCAAACAAGCAAUUCAAGCGGAGUGGGCCCACCCACACCAAUCCGCAGGAACUCAGAAUGCAAAUCAAGCCGGUGCACGAUGUUAUACGUUCAUAUUUAUGUCGCGACUCAAAGUUAAUUUCUGAAAUAUAUAUUAUCAAUCCUUUUUUUA